AUGAACAAAGACACACAAGACACACCAAAAAUAGCCAAACUUCGUUCAUACCUCAAUCUCAAAGCACGAAUUACCGUGUCAGACGGUCGAGUGUUUAAUGGGACAUUCGUGUGUAUAGAUAAAUAUAAAAAUAUAAUUUUGGCGAAUACAGAAGAAUUUCGUGGUGUUGAAAAAAGAUAUGUAGGUCUUGUCAUGGUGCCUGGUAAACAUUUGAUAAAAGCGGAAAUUGAAGAUCUUGAAGUUCCCAAGAAUAAUAUUAGCGAUUCUGAAAAGGAUCAAAGAAUAUCGUAA